CGCACACACGCCCCCCUCAUUUCCGCUCCACCUUCCUCCUCCCUCCUCGCCUACCUCCUCUCUCCCGUCUCUCUCCUCCACGCCUCCGGUCCCCACCCAUCCAGCCAGCCACCGGACGGGGCGAUGACGGAGGCGGACGCGUGCGGCGGCGGGGUAGCGGUGGCGGAGGAGGAGGCGGCGGGCAUCAUCUGCUCGCUCCGCGCGGGGGACCUCGCCGGGUGGACGCCGCCCUGGAGGGCCUCCCCUAUCGCCUGCGAAGGGGCCACGAUGACGAAGGAAGACGAGGAGGCCAAGGCCUGGCCGGCGGUGACGCGCGGGAAGCGGUCGCGGUCCUCGCGCCGCCGCUCGCCGUCGGGCUCCGUCUCCGGCUCCGCGACCAAGGGCCGGUGGGCGCGAGGCAGCCCGGCGUCCCCGCUCGACUACAGCGGCGGCGGGUCCGGCGCGUCCACCAGCGGCGGCGAGGACGGCGCCUUCUGCUCGCCGCCGGCCGUCGCCGUGCCCACACCGGUCCAGCCGUCUUCUACCUCGACCAAGCAGGUGGCAUCUGCCGGCGCACGGCGCGCGUUGAUCCUCCCGGUGCCCGCGACGGUGUUGCAGCCCCGGCCUGCGGGACAGCGGUCGCGGAAGAAAAUGAGGCUCCCGGAGGUCCAGCAGCUGGUGCAGUCCCUGGCGGCCGAGAACGACGGCCUUCGACAGGAGAUGCAGUCGUUGCGGAGAGCCUGCACGUCCCUCUCGAAGGAGAACAGCACGCUAGAGACAAGGUUGGAGCAUUCUUCCUCGAGCAAGCGGAAGAGGAUUGGGUCCGAAGAGCAGCAGCAACAAGCGAAGCCUCGUGCAUCCGAGCGUAGCGCAGCCACGAACGGCUUCGUGCUCCCCGAUCUGAACAUUCCGGCACAGGACAUCGCCGACGGGUCAGUGGCGGCGGCUCCCUGACGGCUUGCUCCGGAUUCCGGCUGUGGUGCCCGACGCUAACCUGAUAAGUUUAUUAACCGUGUUAGGGAAAAGCUGGGACUAGAAGAUCAACUGGUUUUACUACCUUGCCUGAUAAAAAGGUUCUCUUUUGUUUAGUUUUGAGUUUCUUUACCGCGGGGCUUCUUCUGUACCAAUGAUGCAGAGAGGGGAGUUUAUCUUAGCUCUAGGUUCAGUCCGUGUUGCUUGGUUCCUGUAAACGAAACGCAGUACAUUAGCGAAACUGUUCAUAUUAUUUCGUCCAAUCUGGUGCGCGUUCAA